AUGGAGCCAGCGACUGAGGAGGCCGGUCCGGCACCUCGACCGCACCCGCCGCUCUCCCCACCUUCGGAGCUCCAACAACAUCAACAGGAAACCCAAGGAUUUUCCGCAGAAGCCGAUGACAAUGUACCAACCGACAUCACCAACACCAUUGCACAUGGAGCAGCCCUACCCCCGUUAUCCCAAAGCCCUGCCUCUUCCACAAAGUCACGCCCGCCCUCCGGCGUAGUGCCGCCCUACUGGCGCCGUCAUGAGCGCAAUGUCUCCCGUGCAUCGCAGACCUCAUUGGCGCGGUCCACACUCAUCACGUUGGAGGAUCACACGGCAGACCCGGACUCGGAGACUACUCGCGGACUGUGGGCACGGAGUGUCUCUAUCGAUGACCAUGUCGUUGUGCAGGGUAUGACGGGGAUCGGUUCGUAUGUGGUGUGGAAUUGCACUAUACAAACACUAGAUGGAGGCCCAAUCGUUGUUCGGAUGAGAUACUCUGAAUUCGACGACCUGCGCCAGCGGCUAGAAUCUUCUUUUCCGCACGCCAAAAGUGCUCUUCCCGCUCUGCCGCCUAAGAGCGUAAUCUACAAAUUCCGCCCCAAGUUUCUUGAGAAUCGGCGCGUCGGUCUACAAUAUUUCUUGAAUUGUGUCCUUCUGAACCCGGAGUUCUCAGGCUCACCUAUUGUCAAAGACUUUCUCUUCGGUCGUGUCUCUUAG